GGAGGGAAAUUUAAAAAGUCCGGACCGCCUCUACUAACGGCGGCAGCACAACUGAGUCGCCUAGUCAGUUAAUUUGCCACACAGUGUCAUUAACAGCUUACAUUAGCAGUGUAAGAGCGCUAAAUAUAACCAAAUAAACAGUUACCUUCCUUUAUGUCUCAGAAUGGAGACUCACGUCGACCAGAUUUUAGACUCACCAUCCAAAAACAGUUACAUUGGGAGUUACUACCAGCCUCCAGACAGGCUACUGCCUGUAUCAAGACAGCUGGAGCUCCCUGAAAAGUCGUCUGUCAGCGUGGACCCACAGAUGGCCAGUAGUCAAGUGCCACAGACCAAGCGGAAUAUUGACAGCAAAGCUGUUGUUGAUGCACUAAAGACCCUCCAGGAGAAAAUCAGGCGGUUGGAGCUGGAAAGGAAGGAAGCAGAGAAGAGCUACCGCCAGUUCUCCCAUGAAGCUCAGAAGCAUCAGCAGGCCGCAGCGUUGUGCAGUCAAACAUCAGCCAGCCUGUCUGAGACAGAUAACUCUGCCAGGAAAGGUAUGGAUGCAAAACUGCAGUCUGCUGAGGCCCGCUGUAAGGUCCUUGAGAAGCAGCUGGACUACAUGAGGAAAAUGGUUGAAAAUGCCAAAAAGGAGAGGAGUGCUCUGAUUGAAAAUCAGACUUCACUGCAGAGCCAGCACCCAAGCAACUCAAACAACCAAACUCAACGGGAGAAGCUGGAGAAACUUGAAUCAGAGUGUCUUAAAUUGAGCAGAACCCAGACUCUGGCAGAGAUGAAGCUUGCCAUUCUGGAGCAGAAGCUACUAAAAGAAGAGCAUGAUAGUAAACUUGUUCAGGACAAGGCAGAUGAGCUGCAGAGGGAAUUAGACGUAAACCUUCGAUUGUCUGUGCCAACUACUGAAGAAAAAAAGGCAAAGAAGAAGACAAAAAAGACUGUUAAGACUGAAGUAGCAUUAAGCAGUCCAAGGCGCCAAAAAAUGCCCUUUGUCGCCGGCACAUCGACAAGCCCAAGCCAUUCAGUCCACGCCAACGUGCAGACUAUCCUUCACAUGAUGAAGCACCACCAGCCCCAGCUGUGUGAGCGAGUGAGCGCUCUGCACAGGACCGGUUGUGGAGCCAAGAAAAGCCUCCAAAAGGACUUUCCUCCGUCUUCCACUGCCCUCCAUAAGCCUGACCGCCUGCCUCCGGAUCAGCUGCUGAGCUCGCUGUCUGACCUACUGUUGGGUCUGCAGGAUGAGCUGGGACAGAUGAGCUUUGAACAUCAGGAGUUGAUGUGUCAGAUAGAUGCAGUCCAACAUCAGGAGCAAAAGCGGGAUUUGCAGAGAGAGCUGGAGAGGCUGCUCACCAGGAUGGAGGAGAAGGGAGCUCAGAUCACGAAGCUCCGCAAACACCAGCAGAUGGUCCAGAAAAUGGCCCAGAGCCAGUCAUGUGCCAAAGAACACACAGCCAAGAAAGUGAGUGGGAUCAAGCCACCCAUUCCUUCACCUGUUAAGGCUAAACAGAAAGAAAAGAAAGGAAUGACGACUCAGAACAACCUGCAGCUUCUCAGAGAGACGCAGAAGUUGAGAAACAGCCUCAAACAAGACGACCUUUCGUGGGAAACGUGAGGUUCUGUGUGCAGGCUCUGAUGCUACAGCUGGAUGACACCCCCCUCGGCUCCUUGCAGCUUGUUUUCGUCUCUCUUCAGACAGCUUGUGGGCCAUUUUUAGCAACAAAUUAGAAUGGAAAUGAAGUGUUUUACAGGACUGUUUAUAUUAUUACACAACCUAUUAGGAAGUGGGUGGCUAAUUUUAAAUGAAAUAUUGUUCUUGCAGUGCCUUCAUUGGGUAUAAUUUAUGACCUUAAUCUACUUUAAAAAGUAUGUGAAUUAAGUAUAAUUCAUCUCAAACAGAGCUGAUGUAAAUGAUUUUUAAGUAGUUUUACAAUUUUAAUAAAGCUCAUUCUCAACAUA